AUGCCUCGAGAUCCGCUCAUCGGUCUGGUCGGCAAGCCGUCGGCCGGCAAGAGCACGACGCUCAACAGUCUGACAGACGCCUCAUCAAAAGUUGGUCCGUUCACCACAAUCGAUCCCCAACGAGCGAUCGGCUAUCUCCAAAUAGAUUGCGCCUGUGCGCGUUAUAACGUCUCGGACCGCUGCCGGCCCAACUACGGCGCCUGCGUCGGCGGCCGGCGCUCAGUGCCAAUAGAGCUCCUCGACGUCGCCGGCCUCGUACCUGGCGCGCACCAGGGCAAAGGCUUGGGCAAUAAAUUCCUCGACGACCUGCGUCACGCCGAUGCGCUGAUACACGUGGUGGACGCCUCGGGCACCGUCGACGCCGAGGGCAAGGAGACGCGCGGCUAUGACCCCUCGGUCGACAUCGCCUGGCUUCGCGGCGAGAUCGUGGCGUGGAUUCGCGGCAACCUCAUGGAGAAAUGGGGUUCGAUCCGGCGGCGGCACAUGGCCAUCAAGGCGACGGCCGUCGACACGCUGCAGGGCCAGUUCUCGGGAUACGGCAGCACGUCCAACGUCGUGGCGCGCGCGCUGGACCGGUUGGGUAUCAAGGAGCCGCUCGAGGACUGGGACGCCGAGACCAUCGACCGCGUCGUCAACGCCUUCACGGACGAGAAGUUCCCGACCGUCAUCGCGCUCAACAAGAUCGACCACCCGGACGCCGACAAGAACAUCUCCAAGAUCGCCAAGAUGCAGGACCCCAACACCAUUGUGCUGUGCUCUGCCAUCUCGGAGAUCUUCCUGCGCAAGAUGGCCAAGCAGGGCUACAUCAAGUACACGGAGGGCAGCGAGUUCGUCGACACGAGGGAGGACCUUAUCGAGCAGGGCGACCCGACAGGCGGCGGGCUCAAGGAGCUCGACGAGAAGAACCGCAACCGGAUAGAGAACCUCAAGGACAUGGUGCUCUACCGGUUCGGGUCGACGGGCGUCGUGCAGGUACUCUCCAAGGCAGCCGAAAUCCUGGGCCUCGUUCCCAUCUUCCCGGUGCGCAACACGACCUCCUUCUCCUCCGGCGCCACCGAUUCCCGUUUCGUCUUCCGCGACUGUGUGCUCGUCAAGAAGGGCACGACAGUGGGCGAGGCGGCACGCAAGGUCAUGGGCGACGCGCCCAUAGCGUAUAUUGAGGGCGCAGGAGGCCAGAGAGUCGCGGAAGACGACCUCGUUGCGGUUGGGAAGAACGACGUCCUAUCGUUCAAGGUCGGACGAGCUUGA